AUGAAUCAAAAUACUUUACAAAAUAACCAAAAUGAUCCCACUUUUACUGAAUUCAAUAAUUCACAACCUACUGUUAUUCAACCGGGAUAUUCUUCAAAUAUUAAUUAUAAUGAUGUGAACGUCAACUCUUCUGAUAAUAAUCUCACAACAUUUUAUACAAACACCAAUUACUCAGAUCAGCACCCCCCUUCUAACGAAAACAUCUCAACUCCAAUUGUCUCCUCGUAUGCUCCGCAAAAUGUUGGGCCGCAGCAACCUAUUGAAAAUAUUCCUUUUCCACAUGGUUCAUCUAACAUGACUACUAUCCACCCUUCUCAAUCUGAAAUCUUAAGUUUUGAUAUUCCAGGGUUCAAAAUUAUCGUCAUACCUACUUUUUCUCAGCAAGAUAAUACUCAUUUGAAUUAUUCUUCUUCAGAUAUCACGAAUACACAAUUUACUCAAUUUUAA